AAUCAGGGCGCGCCGGGCGGAUUCCCGCCCAUGGGGGCCUGUUUGCGUACGUGCCGCGGGCCGGCGGCGGCAGCUUGUGAGGCGCGGCGGGCGGGGACGGGGCCGGGGCCGGGGCCGGGGCCGCUUGCCCGGGCGCCCCGGAGCUUGGCGAGCGCAGCACCAGGGAGGCAAUGCUGGUGCUGGGUUGCAGCCCAGAGGCCGGCAGUUUCAGCAAUCUGUUUGAGGCAGGAACCGGUGUGAACGCACCUGCGGAUGCCUUUGGUCAGUCUCCAGCCCACUUGGCUGCUUGUGGCGGUGAAGCUUUUUUCUUACUUUGGCAGCUGCAGACAGGAGCAAAUUUGAACCAGCAGGAUUGCCUUGGAGAAGCCCCGAUUCAUAAGGCAGCAAAAGCUGGGAGUUUGGAAUGUCUUGCUCUCCUUGUUGCUGGCGACGCCAAAAUUGACUUGUGCAACAACAGUGGACAAACAGCAGCAGAUCUUGCACUGGCUUACGGCUUUCUGGAAUGUGCCAAGUUCCUCACAACAAUUCAUCACACUCAGACAAUGAAACCGAGAGGACAGUCUGGCUACUCGCUAAGCGACAAACGUGGCUCGCUGAGAGGGGAUCCAGCAGCACGGAACCAAGACAGUGAAACCAGCAGAUCCAUAAGCAGGAAGAGGAGACGAUCAGAUGGUGUAUCUUGUCUCCUAGCUGACAAAAGAAACAGCUUGUAAUCCUAAAAUGAAAUCAAGGGAAGUCUGAAGAAACGGGACUGGACUAUGCAUUGAGCAGCCUGAUGUGUACACUGGUAC